CCCUCGCUGUGGAGCAGGGAGGAUGUGGAGCACUGGCUGCGGUGGGCGGAGCAGGAAUAUUCCCUGCGGCAGGCGGAGCAGAGCCGCUUCCAGAUGAACGGCAGAGCCCUCUGCAUGCUCACCAAGGAGGACUUCAGAUACCGAGCUCCCAGCUCAGGUGAUGUGCUGUAUGAAUUGCUUCAGUACAUCAAGACUCAAAGAAGAGCCCUGGUGUGCAGCCCUUUGCUGAGCUCACCCUUCAGGGAAGCCAGGACCUCAGAUGAAGGGACAGGCUGCAGUGCUGAGGCUGCCCAGGCUGCUGCUUUCUCCUGCCCUGGCCAUGCAGGGCCCCUCAACCACUCCCAUCACAGCCUGGAGAGCAGCUGCAGGACAGAUGCCACCUGCUCCUUCCCUGCAACCCUGCCAGCCCCAGUAGAUGGGAAAAUUGCAGACUGCAGGUUGCUGUGGGAUUAUGUCUACCAGCUGCUCUCUGACAGCCGCUAUGAGCCCUACAUCAAGUGGGAGGACAGGGAAGCCAAGGUCUUUCGGGUCGUUAACCCCAACGGACUUGCCCAGCUCUGGGGAAACCACAAGAACCGGAUGAACAUGACCUAUGAGAAGAUGUCACGGGCACUCAGGCACUACUACAAGCUCAACAUCAUCAAGAAGGAGCCAGGGCAGAAGCUCUUGUUCAGGUUUUUGAAGACCCCUGGGGAGAUCAUUCAUGAGAAAUCCAGCAAGCUGGAGCAGCUGGAGAAUGAGGAGCAUGAUGAUCUGAAAGAGGACUCCCUGGAGGUUCCACUGUAAGGCAGGCUUUGAAGGAGGCCCUUGCAGUGCAUCACAGCCUGGCUUCUGCUCUGCUGGGAAGUUGCUCUUCCAUCUCCUGGACAGGCAGAAGGUCACAGAGCUGCUCCUG